AAUGACGCGAGAUGGUGAAACGUGUAUUUUCUUAACCUUUUCUAAAUGUGAUCAAAUAUAAUUUUUGUUCGAUAGAUACUGUCUACCGACACCAUGACUGAGAAUAAAUGUGUACAAAUGAUUCAAACAAACUUUUCCUUGUAUGGUCUAGUAUUGUCUAGGGAUCUCAGAGUAUCUCUUGCAAAACAGCUGUUGAAGAUACCAGAAGAUGAACGUGAAUCUUGGUUGAAUCACAUUAUAGAGCUGGUCCUAGCACAAAAUUUGAAUGAUCCGCAUGUUAGUGCUGAACAUAUAAAACUUGCCAUAGAAGAAUGUCUAGAGCCUAAUAAAUUGAAAAAUACAGAAACAGUAUUUAAUGUCAUAAGUGGAUACGAUAUACCAAAAAUAAGAUAUGACAUUUCCAAGAAAAAGUUUAUAAUUGAUAAUGAAAACUUGUAUCCUGAAACAGAAUAUAAGUCACUAAUUUUUAAACAUCGUUUUGAAAUGGUGUGGUACAAAACUUUGAGACAUAAACAAUAUCUAUCUUCUAAGUUUGAGAAACAGCAGACAAAUAAGACGAAUAUAAUACCUAUAGAAUAUCUGUUGAGUGAACUGAAAACAGGAAAUGUAUGUGUAAUGGGUCUGAUAACACAAUUAACGGAAGAUCAGUAUUAUUUGGAAGAUACAACUGGAACCAUCAAAAUCGACUUCAGCUCUACAGAUUUUCAGGAUACUUUCAUUAUGGAAGGCUGCAUAGUAAUAGUGAAUGGUGUUUAUAAGGAUGAUGUAUUACACAUAAAGAACAUCAACUUUCCACCGAUAGAAUCGUCGGAGAGUUUGCGAUCAGAUUUUGGUGAUACCAAUACAUUUGGCGGGUCGCAUAAUCUGUCUCUGAAAAUGUCAGAAAAGUUACAGGUUCACGAAGAGAACAAUCCAGACGGCAUGAUAGUAUUCAUAGCAGAGCUCUGGCUGGACAUGCCAAACGUGUUACAAAAAUUUAAAAUAGUGAUGGAAGGUUACAUGGAUUAUCCUCCUAUAGCUUUUGUGCUAUGCGGUCAUUUCUUGAGCUUUCCUACAAAUAUAAGUAGCGCGCAGGCUUUGAUAACGGGUUUCAAAAAUCUGGCCGAUAUAAUAACACAGUAUCCGAACGUAAAAGAACACUCCAAGUUUGUCUUUGUACCUGGUCCGCAUGAUCUAGGCUCGCCUAAGAUUUUGCCGAAGCCUCCCUUACCCAAAUGCAUCAUCGAGGAAGUCACGAAGAUUGUGCCAAACGCUAUUUUCACCACAAAUCCUUGUAGAAUACAAUACUGUACAAAAGAGAUUGUGGUACUGAGGGAGGAUAUGUUGACAAAGAUGUGCAGGAACGCUCUUCGUUUCCCGAAAGAGGAAAAUUUCUUCAAACAUUUCGCCAAAGCUAUCAUCAGCCAAUCGCAUUUGACUCCUGUGCCUCUCCAAGUUGUUCCUGUCUAUUGGAAAUAUGAUCAUGCCCUGCAAGUGUUUCCAACGCCAGAUCUCAUUGUGAUCGCUGACAAUUUUGGAACAUACACUACCGACUAUUCGGAUUGUUAUGUGAUUAAUCCGGGAAUGUUUUCCAAAAACAAUUUCUCGUUUCAAGCGUAUGUGCCUGCCACCAAUCAGAUCCAAGAUUGCCAGCUUCCAAAUGACACUGACGUUCUUUGAAGAGAUAAGUACUGUAUGUGAAAAAUCUUGUUAAAAAAUCAAAUUAUCUGCUGAUUCAUAGCGCUAUUAUGCUGGAUCAGUUGAUAUAUGUACAUAUAUAUGCUAGUCUUUUUUAAUUUUACAUAUUUAUUUUACUUUUGAUUUUGAUAACAAAAUCUUGUUUGUUUUUACAAUACUUUGAAAACGUGCCGGGAAUAAAUCACUUAAUCAUAACUUUUGUGGUAAAUACUAUAUAAACACAAAUUAAAUUAAAUCCAAAAAUUAAAAAUAAUUCAAUCACACAAGAAAGACUUUUAAGGAUGAGGAAAGAUGAAAAUAAAAGAGAAUAAUUUCUUCUUA